UUUUUAUCCUUCAGUUGUUGGUGUCACAGUGUACAAUACUUAGACACUUUUUCUUGAGAUACACCGCUCGAGAUGAUAGUUCAGAAAGAUAAAAAAGUGCUGUGUUGUGUUGUGAUGUGUUGUUGUGCGGGUGGAAAAAGAUUAUGAAGUUGUGACUCGACGUGAUGGAGUGUUGAUCCUGAAGAAAUAAAAACAAUCGACGACAUAUUUCAAGCAACACCAUAAUUCAUAAGUGAAAUAAUGAAAUAAAAAAAAAACGAAAAUAGGAGGAAAAAAAGGAUGUUGACAGUAUAUGCUGAUAAGUGAUCAUUAAACUUGUAAGAGAAAAGAAUAAACAAAAUAUGGACUUGAAUAAAUAUACGGAUAAAUUUUAAGAUUGAAAAUUGAGUGGUUAAAAGUGAACACAAGGACAUAUAUAAAAGAGGAGGGACAAAAGACAGAUCAUGAAAAUUAUAAGGAAAAUGGAGGUUGACAAAAGUGAUUGAAACGGAACACUGAGAAAGGAUAAAGAAGAGGAAUAAAAAAGAAGAAUAUGAUAAUGGAAGUUGAAAAAAUGGAAAAAAAGAAAGGUUGACAUAAUGAAUGAUGAAAACUGAAUAACCAGAACGAAGAGGAUAAAGAAAAAGGAAAGAAAAAUCAAUAAAGGAACGAUGGAAACAAGCAAAACGGGGAAAAAAAAAGGUUGAUAGAAUGAAGACAAAUAAUAACUGAUCACCAAGAAGGAAAAGAAAGAGAACUAGGAGAAAGAAGACGAUAAAAUAAAGAAAGAAGAGUGAAAAGUGACAAGUGGCCAUCAAAGGUGACAUACCCACGCAUUAUAAGCCUACAGUAAAAAAAACCAUAAGUAGCACAUUCCGAAGCCUCAUUCUCAGCGAUCAAGUCCGAACACAAUACGAGACUAAGGCGAACUAAGCAAGAGGAACCAUUGAUUACAGCCACUCACAGGAAGGGUAAACGAGCACUUCGAGAUUUCCGGAAGCUCGUUUGACUGGCAUAACGGCCGCCUAUCAACAUCAGUGAUCUCUUAUACCCGGCUUCGAACUAACUUUCAAACCACCGCGGAAUUGAUACGACCUCCUAAUCUUCGACAUAACCUUUCUUCAUGGAGGCCCAAUUGCUGAGAAAAUGACGAAAACACCUGGAAUUGACGUCUAAUAGUAGAGCAGUGACCCUAAUUUGACAUGGGGCGCACCAGGAGGGGAAGACGGGACCCCCAAACCCACCCUGCCCCAUUAUGGUCCCACACGAGACCCCUCCCGAGAGCUGUCGCCGCCGCCGCCCUCGCUGCCACCGUCGCCUCCAAACCAGGGUCGUCCAACUCGCAGAGAGGAAGACGGCUGCCGUCGGCGGUGGCUAACCCGGGCACCCCACAACGCGGGGGUGGCGGCGGCGGCGGUGGUGGGGGCGGCAGGCAGAGCCCCUCCACCAGGAUACAGCGCAUGCGACUACUGCUCAGGAUGCGGUCAGUCAUUGGUCGGGUUGAGGCCGAGAACGCCGGUGAAGGAGACACGGCGAGAGAGGGCAGCUCGAGAGGACCGCUGGCUCGCUUCGCCCAGCGCCAGAACCUUCCCCGCGGCCAGCAGCGGAAGCAGGGGACGCGGGAGCCGGACGUGGUGAUCCGCCUGACGACAAUCAACAAGAGCUCGAAGGACGAGGUGCGCUACAGCUUCACGACGGGGCGCUACGAGGCGGUACAGGAUGAGGACCCGCUCCUGGACCUUCUCACGCUGCCCUCCCGCGUCGUGCACAAGAGUGAGGCGCCCCUGGCCAAGCUGCUGAUGCUCCCCACGCUGCCCCCGAAGCCCCCGUCCCCGGCGCCCGAUUCCCCAGGAGACUCAGAGGCGGAGGAGAACGUGCAUGAGUUUCGCCCGGGGGAGACAAGACACGUUACCUACUCGGUCCGUCCCAGGGCAGACACACAGCCCAACCCCUUCAACUUUAGUGAGCGCGUCUCCCAGACCACUAGAGUCUCCAAACGGAGCCUGGGAGUGCAGACCUCGCCACCACCCUCCACCACCUUCUCCCGCUGUGUCGGCCUCUACAAGAUCUACCAGGCAUACAAAGCUGACUAUCGCAAGACACUGGAGCUGGAGAUGGAGAUGGAGAAGAAAGACAGGGAGAGGGAAAGGGAGAGGGAACGAGGAGCACCCAAACCUAAACCAGCCCUGGACCCCAUUGUAGUAGUGAAGCCGCCCACACCGCCGCCACCCCCGGGGAAGCUGGGCCCUGAUCUCCGCCUGCCGGGGCUCCUCUGGGCGGCGAGGGUGGUGGAGAGGAUGGUCAGCCAGAACACUUACGAUGACAUAGCUCAAGAUUUCAAGUACUGGGAGGAUGGCAGUGACGAGUUCAGGUAUCUUGAGGGUUCCCUGCUGCCCCUUUGGAAGUUCCACCAUGACCGUUCCCGUGCCUUCAUUGUGUCUGACGUGUGUUGGAGUCCCGUGUACCCCGACCUCCUCGCUGCAGCCUACACCACAGGGGACAUUGGAGGGCCAGAGGGUGGAGGGAUGUUGUGUCUGUACACCCUCAAGAAUCCUGCCACACCAGAGAGGGUCUUCCACACGCCAUGCGGUGUUCUCUGCCUUCACUUGCACCCAAAACACGGAUAUGUGGUGGCGGCGGGCUGGAGCGACGGCACGGUGGUGAUGUAUGAUGUGAAGAUUCCCACCAGGCCCAUCACCAUCACCUCCACCUGCCUCAACGAGAAGCACCUGUUGCCCGUCACACAGGUUAGGUGGAUGGAAACAGAGCCCGGGGAAGACCUUUGCUUCUUCUCGGUGUCCCUGGAUGGCCGCCUCACCCAGUGGCUGGUGCACGCCAUGGACCUACAGCACAUGCACAUCCUGGACUUCAACGUGGUGGAGCACCUCAGUGGCAGUGUGCCUGUGCGUGACAAGGUGCCUCUUGAGGGAGUGGCUACAUCCAUGGCCUUCAGACCUGAUGACGUAACAGUUGUGGUAGUGGGUGUGGACACAGGUGUGGUGUUCCAGUGCUCCACCACCUGCCCCACCCACUCCCUCUUCGUGUACCCCGCCCACUCCUCACCCGUCAGGAAGGUGGCCUGGAACUCACACCACCACCAGAUCUUCCUCUCCUGCUCUGUUGACUGGACUGUCAAGAUCUGGCUCCAGCAUAAUGUGUCGCCACUGGUGGUGCUGGACGUGGGUGGCGCGGUGGCAGGGGUCACAUGGUCACCCUUCAGCAGCAGUGUAUUUGUGGCGGUCACAGACGAGGGGCGAGUGUAUGUGUACGACCUCUUUCUGAGGCGCUGCCGGCCACUUUGUGUGCAGAGCUUGCUCCAGCGGCGGCGAGUGGCAGCCACCUCUGUAGCCUUCAAUCCCUUCCACCCCAUCAUUGUAGUGGGUGGAGAGAGAGGCCAUCUUGUUGCCCUGAAACUGUCACCCAACUUGAGGAAGCCUCACAAGGAUGCCAAAGGAGCUGACGCUCAGCGACUGCGGGAACUUGAGGUGUACAAGAUGGAGCGGCUCAUUGCUACCAGCAACAACCAAGGCUGAGCACAGCCGUGGCCAUCCUGAGGCUGUGAUAUAAUGAGGGCAAGAUUAAAGAAAGGGCUACUGGGGCUAUAGCCUUGGAGUGCCCACAAGACAGACAAGAUAGAAGGUUAUGCCUCACAGCAUUGGAAAUCAGCCUAUUAGGGGCCUCCACAAAAUACCAUGAUGCAGAGGCACCUCAGAAGCUCUAAAUUUAACUUCUGUGUUUACAAAGUCUUCAGUCCCUCGCCUUUUUAGGACUGGCAGAGACACAACAAAGCUACAAUGGUGCUGUUACGAGGCAACAAGUGUCAUGAGGUGAAUCUUCCAGGUGUGCAGAUGUGUUAACUGUUAACUGUUGUCAGGGACAGGCUAUUAUGAUGCUCUCCUGAGGAAAAGACUGUCCUGAAGGUGUAUCCCUCAGGCAUGCAGACUUGCUGGUGCUUGACUGGCCAUUACCAGCUCAAGGUGGUAUCAGGCACAUGCACAACAAUGCUACAAUGAAGCCCUCCUGAGGGGGAGGUGGUGACACAGUGGUCAGCUUGGGCAUGGUAAUCCCAGGGACCCAGGUUUAAAUCCCACCACAAGCAGCUGGCAACCUUCAACCAUCGCCUGGUGACAAAAGAUUACCCACCUGGUGUCCAGAUCUUCGAUCAACCUUUAUUUCAGUGAUUUCAGUCAAGAAGAGCACCAGGGGUCAGCAUGGCCCAGGCAUAAGAUAUAUCACAGCAGCAACAUAUAAUAAAAUUUGCUGGUGCCACAAACAGGCUUGGGCCAUCUUCCAAGCCCCUAAAGAGAGCCUACCAGCACUAUGAACGGACAAAUAAAAAUAAUAAAAAUAAAUAAAGGAGUGUCAUGAAGGUGUAUCCUCCAUGUGUUUGUUUGGAUAACCACUUCCAGCUCAAAGUGUUUCUGCUGGAAAACAUUUUCAAGAGGUAACAAUGGCAUACAGCAGGAGACAUGUUAGCUAGUCAGGUGGAAAAAGACAGGAUCAGUAUUGUGAGAAGCAGCUUCAGUGUAUUGUUAUUGCCUUCAAGAGGAUUCAGUCCCCAUCAGAGGUUCUAAUGUUUUCUACUUCCUGUUAUCUGUUUUGCAAGGUGAGCAAAGGUCUGACUAAGUCGUAACAGUUUUGAAUAUCUUCUUUGAUUGUCAAACUGUUGAUUUUGAAGCUUGAUUCAACUAAGUGCUCAGGAGACAAGUCUCAGAGCCACAGUGAUCUUUGCUUUAUCCUCACACCUAUUUUCCCUGAUUUGCCUUUUGUACAUCUCAGAAUGUUUGAGGGAAAAUAACAGUUUUGGCAAUUAACGUUCACUAUUUGAACCAAGGAAGCUAGGAGUCAGUUGCUGCAGGUGAUCAAAUAGCACAAUUUGUAAGUAGCAUCCUUCUUGGUAGUAUCAUUCCAAAUUAAAUUGGCUCACUGUUGGGUAUGAGCCUCAUCCACACUGGUCAGUUUUGUACUAUUGGUUCAUUGAUAAUUUUGUUUUGUGUCUUCCUUUACUCAAAUCAUCUACUUCUUCCUUGGUCUCCCUCUCUUUCUACCCUGUACCUCCAUUCUCAUUACUUGUCUUCCUACAUAGUCUAGUAUCAGGAGAUGUAAUGUAGCACAAACCAAAAUGAAAAAAAAAAAGUGAUGUUCCAGAUGAGUGAAGAUCACAUGGUGCAGCCACUGGUUCCAUGGAUAAUUGGGAUAAAAUUCAAGUAAGGCAAGGUUAUGUAUCCACCAGAUUCUCACACUACUCAGGACACUGCUCUUCUUUGACAACAAUGCAGUGUCCUCACGUUACCUUGUAACUUUUUAAGUGCUCUACAAAUCAAUAUAGCUACCUGAUGAGUGAUUAAUGUUAUGUAUGCUGUUAAUAUUUAACAUAAGUAUCAAACAAUUUUUUAAGGUUUUGUACAUAAAGAAAUUUGGCAAAAUAAGGAUUAAAACCAUAAAUAAUAUUGAUACAAUAUAAAACUAAUACUUUUAAUUAUAUGUUAAAUUAAAUUAAGAUGAAAUUGAUUUGAUAAGAAUAAAAUAUUUAUUAAAAAGUUUGAACAUUUUUUCUAAGUACUAAAAUACAUUACAUCAAAAUAUAUCCUAAAAACAUUAUGCUCUCAAUAGUCUUAAAUGAUAAGUUGAAGCAUGAAUUAAAUUUUGCUAAAGAUUCAGGAGUACAUGCACAUUCUGAUGCCUGUGCCAGGUGGCUGAUUAGCAUUCAAUAAAAAUUUGUGGAAAGGAAAUUAAUUCCUGCAUCUUUUCCUUCACAUACUAAAUAUACACACAUUAACGUUUGCCUUUAUUUUGUAGAUCUUUUGUGUAACCUGUAUCUCAUUCUAUAAACAAGUAUAGAGUUCUCCUAUAUUAUCAUAUUACAAACUAUAGUUGUAUAUGUAUUUCUUUUUCUAUGUACACUAUACAUGUGUAGUUAUUUAUACUUUUACAGUGGGGGUAGCUGCCAGGCACUGACCUUCUCCCUUGUAAUAUUUUUCUAACAAUAAAUGACUACAAUACACUGACAUCAACAAUCAGUGGCUAAUCAUAUACCAGCAGGUAGUGCAGCCUGUUACAGCAAGAGCCAAGACAGCUUUAUACCGAAGCAAACAGGGUGCGUGCUGUGGGUGGAGAUCCUUUACAACAGCAAACAAGUAAGCACUCAACAUGAAUCUUCACUUUUAACUCAUUUAAAUAUUGAACAACCUGCUGGAAUAUCCUUAGAGUGAAAGUUUAUUUUUUUUCUUUUUACAAUAUUUUCUUAUUUGAUUUAUCAUUUACUCAUGUACAUUUUGGUAGCAGUGACCAUCAAGAGUCAAAAGAUACCAAAAGAUGCCAAAGAUACUAGCUCCUCAUGCUACCAUGUGUGCUGGCAUACAAGGUGUGUGGUGUCUUAAGAUGACCUCAAAAUUUCUGCCAGUAAAUCAUUUACUUUAACAGUAAACAUAAGCAUCUUAAUUUUUCUUUUUAAAGGAAACUUGAUUAUAGAAAUACAGGAAAAAUUUCAAGAUUUGCAUUUCCAAACUCUGAGCCAUUAGUGUGUGGAAUUUGAUCCUCAAGACUAUAGUCUACUUUUUAGUUUUGACUGGUCUUGUGAAUUGUACAUGGAGUCAAUGAUAUCUGAAUAUUUUUCUAAAACAAAGCUUCUUUUCAACUUCAGUGUGUUAUUUAGUUCACCUGUAGGAAGAGAAAAGUCGUGAGGCAAGAGUGUCCAGCGCUGCACUCUCUGUGCUCUUGA